ACUUCAACGUGGGCGACUGCUCUUGUCGUCUUAACCCAGACCCUCCCCAUCCUCUCCCUGCGCAUCACGCCAGGUUCACCCUGUGAGGAAGUCUGCCACAAGCAUUCGUCCAACACGACGGGAUCAGAGAUAGCCUGUCUGGACCGCGAGUUCACGCAGACAGACAAAGGGUCCACCUUCCAGCAAUGCAUCGAGUGCGGACUGCGCAGCUCUUUCCACGACACGCCGACGAAGCAGUCGGAUGUCGAGUGGUCCUUGUAUAACCUGCGAUAUGCCUUCACCAGCUGCGUAUUCGGCACUCCCGAGUCCGUCAACAAUAUCUCCACCCAGUGCACGGUGUCGUGUCAGCAGCUGGACUCGGCGCUGGAGUUUGAGAUUGCCGACCCUGACGGGGAUAAUCUUGACACCUGGUGCGGGUCGAAUGCGUUCGCCGAUAAUGCUAUCAGUCAGUGUGAGCAGUGUUAUAACCUGACUGAUAAUCAGAAUUAUAUGUCGAACUUCCUCGAAGCCCUCCGCUACAACUGCCACUUCCGCACCCCACCCACUGAAUCCUUCCCCAUCAGCCCAGCCCGCAUCUUCAGCGAGUCCAUGCUGCCGUCGUCAACGGCGAACCUGCUGGCUCCUAAGUCCGGCAAAGGGGUAAAUUUAGCGGUCGUCAUUGCCAUUCCCAUCCUAGCGUUCGUCAUCGUGGUCUGUGCCUUGACGGUGUGCUGCUUCUUCUUUGUGCGGCACCGUCGUAAGAAGGCUAGGCAGAUACGCGAGGAGCGAGAGUUGAACCGUUUUCAUGCUGGGUGG